UGCAGACUGAUUCUACAAACAUUGGUGAAAGAAUGGGUCGCUCUCAGGAGCUCAGUGACUCCAAGCGUGGGUCCCGUGAUAGGUGGUCACCUGGGCAAUAAGUCCAUCCGUGACAUUUCCUGGCUACUAAAUAUUCCACGCUCAACUGUUAGUGGGAUUAUAACAAAGUGGAAGCAACUGGGAACAACAGCCACUCAGCCACCAAGAGGUAGGCCACGUCACAUGACAGGGCGGGGUCAGCGCAUGCUGAAGCGCACAGUGCGCAGAAGUCGCCAACUGUCUGCAGAGCCAAUAGCUAAAGACCUCCAAACUUGGUGUGGCCUUCAGAUGAGCCCAACAACAUUUGUGGGAAGAGUUUGGGGAUGGUCCCUUCCUGUUCCAACAUGACUGCACACCAGU